GAGAUAACGUUCGAAAAAGAAAAGGCGGUAUUUUGAAUUCCGAUUUUAGAAAAAAGAAACGCUUCUUGACAUACAUACAGACAAGGGGAGAAGAGGAAAGGAAGAAAGGAACCGUCUUCAAAUUCUCUUAAUAAUAACUAUUUCUCUCCUUCAUCUUCUUCUUCCCAUCGAAUUUGUUUUCCGAAUCAAGAAGAAAAAGAUGGACUCGAUCAAUCGCCGACAUCAAGAUCAAAGCAACACUCCUGCAAUUGUUGCGUCAUCCAAACAGCCUCUCUCUACAGCCAAACCCGUUGAUACUCAGUCCGUUCUCAAGAGGUUGCAAUCUGAGCUGAUGGCCCUAAUGAUGAAUGGUGAUCCGGACAUAUCUGCAUUCCCAGAGGAGGACAACAUAUUUCUGUGGAAAGGGACGAUAAAGGGAAGCAAAGAGACUGUGUUUGAAGGGACUGAAUACAAGCUUACUCUCUUAUUCCCAAAUGAAUAUCCAUUUAAGGCUCCAAAGGUUCAGUUCGAUACACCUUGCUUCCAUCCUAAUGUCGAUAUCCAUGGAAACAUAUGCUUGGACAUCCUUCAGGAUAAAUGGUCAUCGGCUUAUGAUGUUAGAACUAUUCUCAUCUCUAUCCAGAGCCUAUUGGGAGAGCCCAACACAAGUUCACCUCUGAAUAUUCAAGCUGCAAAUCUCUGGCCCAAUCAAGAAGAAUACAGGAAGAUGGUAGAGAAGUUAUACAAGCCUGUUGUUUCUGCUUAGAAAGUGAUAUGAGUGAAGAAGAAGAAGAAGAUACUACCAGUCAAUUUCUCUAUGUGUUAGUUCUCCACAAUUUCAUGCAAAAAGAAGAAGAAGAUAUGAAAUUUACCUACUCUAUUAUUUUAAUUCAAUUCUCAGCUAUUUGAAUAUCAUUCAUUGUUCAAUUUGGUUGGUUUUUGCUA